CAGCAGCAGCAACAACAACAACAUCAUAGCCAACAACUGUAGCAACAUCAUUUACUCAAAUUAAACACUGGAACACAAUCAACAAUGCAGCGCCUACGCACUACUUUCACGCGUUCGCGCACACCAACAGGCGCCGAAAUGAAAAUGCAGAAUAGCCUCGAAGUUCCUAAACAGGUGCGUUCCGCCUCCUUUGAUGAAAUGCAAUUGGAGGCCCAACGUGUCUCGGCCCAUCUGUUAAAGCAGCAAUCUUCCUCUUCGGCGGAUGAGCGAUCAUCGGAAGGCGGGUAUCUACAAGUACCCCAGGCAGCUCAUGCACAGCGGUCCCAUUCCUUUGAUUCGGCCGCAGCUUCAGUUGGUAGCGAUGAUUCGGGUACAUUUUUAGAAGUGCCGCGUCGUCUGAAGGUGCGACGAAGCUCGUCCAGUAAGACACCGCCGCCAUGUAUCCAUUGUUACUAUCUGGACUUGUAUGAAAAGCAAAUGAGUGCUGAGCAGAGAUAUUUUAUCGAUCAUCGGGAAUUAACAACUUUAAGCUACAGCAACACUAGUUCGGAUGUGAGCGACGAUGAGGAUAUGAGCGCAGCUUUGGGAGGCAACGAUGGCGAAGAUGAAGAAGUUGAGGAGGAUGAGGAAGAGGAAGAGGAGGAAGAGGAUGACGCUGCAGGAAUCGCUGGUGGCAACGUUGAUGUUGAUAGAGAGAAAAAAGAUGAUAGCAUCGAUCAAAGCUGCACUGGCGAGGUAUCGAUGGAGCAUGAUCAAGAUGCGGAUCAAGAUCAUGAUGAUGACGCCGCUGCGGAAAUGGAUAUACGCAUGGGUAAUCUAAGCAUGGGCAUUGAAGAGUCACGCACUCGUUUGCCUCGUCCAAUGCGUCGACAUACCAUUGGCAGUUCGGUGACUACCUCCGAGGAUGAGGGUCUCGAGGGUUCCGAUCACGGUUCACCCCAUUUCGGGAACACCCUGUUACCACCACAGCCAACAACACCGUGCAGCAUUACCUUUACAUUAUCGCCAACAAAUGGGGACUAUCCGCCAUUCCCGAGCCAUGGAUUUCCCAUCGAUCCAGUCACCUCUCCGCCUCUCUCUCCGAUGUCAUCCACGCUAAUUCGUGGUAGUCCCGUUUUGGAGUUGCCUCCCCAUAAUCAGUCGCAUUUGGGUGCUACAGCGGCAGCAGCUGCCGCUGCUCUUACCCUGCCAGCCAUAGCAAACUCAUCCUCAUCGUUAUCGUCAUCAUCCUGUGCCAUACAAAAUCAAAAUCAAGUAGGUCAAGCCGAUGCCGAAGACGCUGCUGCUACAGCUAUGGGAAUACCAGUUAGAGCACGUCGGCGUUCGAUUUCCAGACAAGAAGCCAUCUUUGUCGAACCCACUGGCAAUUCGCUGGAGAAUGUAUCCCACGAGGAGGUAGACACCACCGCUAACAAAUCAUCGGUAGAUACUGCCGAUUCUUUGGAUGAGGCCUCCACAAUGGCCACCUGUGGCUCACCAACUGGCACUGUACGUGGACCUACUGCUGCCACAAGCACCACCUCGCACCACAGUUCGUUUGUGGUGCGUGAUAUUUAUCUAACAGUCCCAGACCUAAAGCGGGAUCGAGCUGCCUCUGUGGAUUCAUGCUUCUCGAAACUAUCAUCCGGUCCAAAGACCGAGGAGCUGCAACCCUCCGAUGAUGGGUGCUUUCUCACCGUACCGAACGUCAACGCCACCCGAUCGAGAUCUGUCGAUAUUGUCCUGCCUACGGAUGAACAGGCCCGCUAUAAGGCAUUGGCCAUGACAGGGGCUGGCGGUGGAACAGGACUCUUUGCCGAUGGGCGGACUGCCUCUUCGAGCAAUGCCCGUCGACCCAUACGCAUUGUACCAGAUUGGACGGAGAAUGCAGUACAGGGUGAACACUACUGGAAGCCGACAUCAGCCUCGGGUGACCUCUGCUGCCUCAACGAGGAGUGCAUUAAGAGCGGACAGCGCAUGAAGUGUUCGGCCUGUCAGCUGAUUGCACAUCAGAAUUGCAUUCCAAUUGUGAAUGAAAAGACUCAACUAGCGUGUAAGCCAACAUAUCGAGAUGUGGGGAUACGACAAUAUCGAGAGCAGACGACCACCCAUCACCAUUGGGUGCAUCGCAAAAUGGAGAAGGGCAAAUGCAAGCAGUGCGGCAAGGCUGUUCAGAGUAAACUCUUUGGGUCGAAGGAAAUUGUUGCGCUAUCCUGUGCCUGGUGCCAUGAGAUCUACCACAACAAGGAGUCAUGCUUCAAUCAGGCCAAAAUUGGAGAGGAAUGUCGUUUGGGCAACUAUGCACCGAUUAUUGUGCCACCAUCGUGGAUUGUCAAGCUGCCUAAUAAGGGCAAUUUUAAAUCCUCAAUACGUGUUAGCAAUAAGAACAAUGCUGGCGGCGGGGGAGCAGGUGUUCCAACUGGUGGUGCCGGUGGCGGCAAAAGUAAAAAGCAAACUCAAAAGCAACGUCAAAGGGGAAAAGAGGAAAAGAAGGAGCCGCGUGCGUUUAUUGUUAAGCCAAUACCAUCACCGGAGGUAAUACCGGUCAUUGUUUUCAUCAAUCCUAAAUCCGGAGGCAAUCAGGGCGUCAAGUUGUUGGGUAAAUUUCAGCAUUUGCUUAAUCCACGUCAAGUCUUUGAUCUAACUCAAGGUGGUCCAAAAAUGGGUCUCGAUAUGUUUCGCAAGGCUCCAAAUUUACGUGUCCUGGCUUGUGGCGGAGAUGGCACUGUGGGUUGGGUCUUAUCAGUCCUGGAUCAGAUACAUCCACCGCUCCAACCAGUGCCAGCUGUGGGCGUGUUGCCUUUGGGCACUGGCAACGAUCUCGCUCGCUCCCUAGGUUGGGGCGGGGGCUAUACGGAUGAACCUAUUGGGAAAAUUUUACGAGAAAUUGGCAUGUCGCAGUGCGUGCUAAUGGAUCGCUGGCGGGUCAAAGUCACACCCAACGAUGAUGUUACCGAUGAUCAUGUGGAUCGAAGCAAGCCUAAUGUGCCGUUAAAUGUGAUUAAUAAUUAUUUCUCAUUCGGUGUGGAUGCCCAUAUUGCAUUGGAAUUCCAUGAGGCCCGUGAAGCUCAUCCAGAGCGAUUCAAUUCACGUUUGCGUAACAAAAUGUACUAUGGCCAAAUGGGUGGCAAGGAUUUAAUUCUACGUCAAUAUCGCAAUCUUUCCCAAUGGGUAUCACUUGAAUGCGAUGGCCAGGACUUCACCGGCAAACUGCGCGAUGCCGGCUGUCAUGCCGUACUCUUUCUCAACAUACCCAGCUAUAGCGGAGGCACUCAUCCCUGGAACGACUCCUUUAGCCAAUCAAAGCCAUCCAUUGAUGACGGCCUGAUGGAGGUGGUGGGCCUAACCACCUACCAGUUGCCUAUGCUACAAGCGGGCAUGCAUGGCACCUGUAUCUGUCAAUGCCGCAAGGCCAGGAUUAUCACCAAGCGAACCAUUCCCAUGCAAGUCGAUGGCGAGGCCUGUCGCGUCAAGCCCUCAAUCAUUGAGAUUGAAUUGCUUAACAAGGCGCUCAUGCUGGCCAAGCGUAAGCACGGACGCGGCGAUGUUCAUGUCAAUCCACUAGAGAAACUCCAAUUGAAUAUUCUACGCGUGACAAUGCAACAAUAUGAGCAAUAUCAUUACGAUAAGGAGAUGCUACGUAAAUUGGCCAAUAAAUUGGGACAAAUUGAAAUCGAAUCUCAAUGCGAUCUCGAGCAUGUGCGCAACAUGUUAAAUACUAAAUUUGAAGAGUCCAUUUCUUAUCCAAAGGUCUCACAGGAUUGGUGCUUCAUUGAUGCCUGCACUGCGGAGCAUUAUUUCCGCAUUGAUAGGGCCCAAGAGCAUUUGCAUUACAUAUGCGAUAUCGCCAUAGAUGAGCUCUAUAUACUCGACCAUGAGGCGGCCACAAUGCCACAGACACCGGACCAGGAGCGCUCGUUUGCGGCCUUCUCGCAGCGGCAGGCACAAAACGAACGACGUCAAAUGGAUCAGGCACAAGGACGCGGUGCAGCCGGCAGUACGGAUGAGGAUUUGCAAAUUGGCUCCAAGCCCAUUAAAGUGAUGAAGUGGAAGAGCAACAAAGAUCGUUUGUUCAGUUUCAACGAAGAUGUUUUUGGUUAUGGAUUCAGCCCUAUUCUGGAGCAAACUUCCGACGCCAUACUACUAGCAGCCCAGAGUGGCGAUCUCAAUAUGUUACGAGCACUACAUGAACAAGGAUACUCAUUACAAUCAGUGAACAAAAAUGGACAGACAGCUUUGCACUUUGCUUGCAAAUAUAAUCAUAAGGACAUUGUCAAAUAUAUAAUUUCUUGUGCCUCACGACGUGUCAUCAAUAUGGCCGACAAGGAUCGCGGUCAGUCAGCCUUGCAUAUUGCCGCUGAACAGAAUCGACGCGAUAUUUGUGUAAUGCUGGUGGCAGCUGGAGCCAAUUUACAGGCACGCGACUCUAAUGGCAAUACGGCGAUGAUGGUAGCCUUUAAUAAGAAUGCCAAUGAGAUAGCCACUUAUUUGGAAAGUAAGCAGCAAGAGCAAGAACAACAACACCAGCAGCAACAGCAACAGGAACACUCACAACAGCCACCGCAAUUCCAUAAUUCGAUCGAAUUCGAUCACGGAACCGAUGCUGUCAUCGGCGGCUGGGCCGCCAAUGCCAAUGCCAAUGCGUCCGACUCGAAUAAAUCGUCAUUAGAUCCCACCAUGUAGACGCUAUGGCUAGGCACACACUCAUUCUAAUUAUC